AACCAAACAUUGCACAAUUGUACAGUAUACAUAUUCGGUAUGCUGAUACGGGUAUAGCGGUAGUUUUUGUGUUAUGUGAGGUACGUUCUGCCUCUCUGUAUAAGACAAUGUGGGAGAAAAUUGUUUCACUUGCACCUGGUUUAAGUGAAAAUCUAAAAUUUAUUAUGUCAGAUUAUGAAAAGGCAGCUAUAACAGUAAUGAAUGAACAAUUUCCAGUUGCUUCUAUUCAUGGCUGUUGGUUUCAUUACUCACAGGCGCUUUAUAGAAAAUGGCAACGCCUGCAGUUAAAAAGUGCACCUCGCGAAUUGUUAUCUAUGGCCAUGUCUAUGGCAUUAGCACCUAGUUCUUUAUUUAUGGAUUCAUUAAACAUUAUGCAAAUUGUUGCAGAUCGCAUUUCUGUAACUUAUCCAAAUGUAUUAUUAUUCAUGGCUUAUUUGCGUAGUACUUGGCUACCUAUAGCAUCCAAAGUAUCUGUGCAUAAUUGUCCUGUUCGUACAAAUAACUUAGUGGAAAGUUUCCACCAUAUUGCGAAUCAAAAAAUUGGUACAAAACCAAAUCUAUGGGUAUUUUUAGAACAUUUAUCGGAAAUUAUAUCAAAUCAAGAAAUUGAUUAUUCUCGAUUGCGAAAUAAUAUACGUGUUAGACGAGCACGCACACGAUUUAAUAAGGAAAAAAAUAUUCAAAUUAAAGAAGGACAAAAUGCUCUUAUGAAUGGCGAUAUUUCUUUAGAACAUUUUUUACGUAUGUUUUCACGCUUUAAUGAACAUUAUCAACAACCAGAAUUACUACUUGAAGCCAAUGAUAAUGAAGAAAUAGAUGCGAGUUUACUUUCAGAUAGAAUUCCAGAAUCAGCUGAAAGUAGAUAUCCUCAAAAUUUUCGUCAAAGACGACGUCGUUCUCGUAAUAAUGUACUAACAAUAAGACAAGAGGGAGUUUCUCCGUCCAUUGAAUCUUCAGAUGUUCCAUCAGAGGAGCAACAUUUAAAUGUUAAUCAAAAUUCUGCAGGAGAGCAAAGCACUAAUGACCACAUGAUUGAAAAUAGGACAAAUGAUGAAGAAAUUUAUAGAAUACCAGAGGAUGAUUAUUCUUUUUUUGAUGAGAGUCUUACGUCACCUGAAACAACAUUUUAUAAGAUAUGCGAUGUACAAAAACUUAUUGAUGAUAAUAAAGAACCACAACCAGCAGGUAGCUGCAUCAUAUGCUUAAGUAAAAAAGCAUUAUAUGUAUUUGUACCAUGCGGACAUUUAUGUGUGUGUGACAGCUGCAGUAAUAAUAUAAUGCACAAGAGAUGUCCAAUGUGCAAUCUACCUUACGAUAACUGCAUAAAAACAAUUUCAUCUUAAAGAAAGGUGGGUAAAAAAUGCCUAAGGCUUAUUAUAUGUACAUUCAAAUUCUAUUUGAUUUAGCAAUUUCAUUUACAAACAAUUAUUAUUAUCAAACAGUAUUCAUCUAGAGAUAUUUUGAAUACAGGAUGUCCUACUUUAAAUGCAACAGCAGAACAUCUCGAAAACGACAAAAUAUUGUAAACAAUUUAGCAAAACUUUUCAGGUUUUGAGAAGAAUAGUGAUAAUAGUAUGACCUUGAAAAUGUAAAAAAAUAUAAAAAUUUUACUACAUUUUGCAAUUACAUUGAUCCAACUAUGUGUAUAUUAGUAUUAGUAUCACUUUACCUUAUCAAUUUAUUGGUAAUAUUAGUAUUAGUAUCACUAUCAAUUCAUUAGUAAUAU